AUGAGUACUGUGGACUUUGGAAACCUCGCCCAAGACUGGCCGGUACGCAGGCGCAAAAGACGGUCUAGCCACCUUUUUUGCAAAGUGCGCAAGCGCAAAAAGCUGCGUUUGCAACCUCCGCAGCUGCCGCGCGCACCCUUCACUGGCUCGCUGCUUUUACAUCAAGAGCCGGCCCGUGGGUGCUCCUCUUGCUUCUCUGGCGGGCGGGACCGAGACCCUGAGAAAGUGAAGAUCGUCAGCAGACGUUUUGAGUCUCUUCUUGCCUCGGCUGUAUUUCGUUGGUGUGAGGGAGUGGAGUUGAGGAUUGUGUUUGGGAUUCCAGCCCAGCGUCUAGCCCUGCCCCUCUCAGGGACGGCCCUGGGGUCAGGCCCCUCAGCCCUCGAGGGGGACCGGGAGCUAGCCUCCUCUGUCUUCUCUGGCUCCUCAGCUCCUCUUGAGCGUCGUCAGACCCCUGGGGGUGGCCUCCCUGGGUGCCCAGGGUGGGUUGGGCCUGCAUCUGCCUCUGCUCAUUCCUUGUCCCCUUUCCACCUGUUCCCAGAGCGGGACAAAGAGAACCGGCACCGGAAGCGCAGCCACAGCCGUUCUCGGAGCCGGGACCGCAAGCGCCGGAGCCGGAGCCGAGACCGGCGCAACCGGGACCAGCGCAGUGCCUCCCGGGACAGGAGGCGACGCAGCAAACCUUUGACCAGAGGCGCUAAAGAGGAGCAUGGUGGAUUGAUCCGCUCCCCCCGCCAUGAGAAGAAGAAGAAGGUGCGCAAGUACUGGGACGUGCCACCGCCUGGCUUUGAGCAUAUCACCCCGAUGCAGUACAAGGCCAUGCAAGCUGCGGGUCAGAUUCCAGCCACUGCCCUCCUUCCCACCAUGACCCCUGAUGGUCUGGCUGUGACCCCAACGCCAGUGCCCGUGGUUGGGAGCCAGAUGACCAGACAGGCCCGGCGUCUCUAUGUGGGCAACAUCCCCUUUGGCAUCACUGAGGAGGCCAUGAUGGAUUUCUUCAACGCCCAGAUGCGUCUGGGGGGGCUGACCCAGGCUCCUGGCAACCCAGUCUUGGCUGUGCAGAUCAAUCAGGACAAGAACUUUGCCUUUUUGGAGUUCCGUUCAGUGGACGAGACAACCCAGGCCAUGGCUUUUGAUGGCAUCAUCUUCCAGGGCCAGUCACUGAAGAUCCGCAGGCCUCAUGACUACCAGCCGCUGCCUGGCAUGUCGGAGAACCCCUCAGUCUACGUGCCCGGAGUUGUGUCUACUGUGGUCCCUGACUCUGCCCAUAAGUUGUUUAUUGGGGGUCUACCCAACUACCUGAAUGAUGACCAGGUAAAAGAGCUGCUGACAUCCUUUGGGCCACUCAAGGCCUUCAACCUGGUCAAGGACAGUGCCACAGGGCUCUCCAAGGGCUACGCCUUCUGUGAGUACGUGGACAUCAACGUUACUGACCAGGCCAUCGCCGGGCUGAACGGCAUGCAGCUUGGGGACAAGAAGCUGCUGGUCCAGAGGGCAAGUGUGGGAGCCAAGAAUGCCACGCUGAGCACCAUCAACCAGACCCCCGUGACCCUGCAAGUGCCGGGCCUGAUGAGCUCGCAGGUGCAGAUGGGCGGCCACCCGACCGAGGUUCUGUGCCUCAUGAACAUGGUGCUGCCUGAGGAGCUGCUGGACGACGAGGAGUACGAGGAGAUCGUGGAGGACGUGCGGGACGAGUGCAGCAAGUAUGGGCUGGUCAAGUCCAUCGAGAUUCCCCGGCCCGUGGACGGCGUGGAGGUGCCCGGCUGCGGAAAGAUCUUCGUGGAGUUCACCUCUGUGUUUGACUGCCAGAAAGCCAUGCAGGGCCUGACCGGCCGCAAGUUCGCCAACAGAGUGGUUGUCACGAAGUACUGUGACCCCGACUCCUACCACCGCCGGGACUUCUGGUAGAGAUGUGGAGGCGGCGGCUGCAGAAGGGCCGGCCGGCCGGGCUGCGGAGGCUCCUCCCGCCGGCCCAC